AUGCAGGACCACAUCGUGGAGGUGGGUUUUGAAGAAUUUAUGCAAGAAUUUCUUCCGGGGCGUGAUCCAUCGGACGAAGCAAGAACUCAGUUUGAGAAUUUUGAAUGUGUAAAGCUUGACGGGCUUGAGGUUGAUAUGUACCCUGGUUUGUGCAAGUCCUUUCAGUCCGUUCUGGACGUCGUUCCCGAGGGUGGUCUUACCGUUAAAGAUACAGGCGAAUAUCCCGACGUAACUGGUACCGAGGAAGCUAGGGAUAAAAACAUCACCAGAUUCGAUAUUGGCAUCUAUCCUACCUCUGAGGCAGCAAAGGAAGCGUACAAUAUUCCUUGGAAGCGGUUGAAGCGAGGCAAGUCAUCUGCAAGUCGCAAGUACUAUGUGGCGCGGGUGUCUUGGGCCUGGACUUGUGUUCCUAUCGAGGUCAAGAAUGACUAUCAAAAAUCUGCCUUCGAAUUCAAGCAUCCCGAGAAGUAUUUCCUCCGCAACGAUACCGCGGAUGGCUUCGAGACGCUAGGACAGAUCACUGAGUACGCGGCACAGGUACUCCUACGUCAGCAUCGCCUCUUCUGUUUCAUGGUAUUCAUCUGCAAAUCUCACGCUCGAUUGAUUCGGUGGGAUCGCGCUGGGGCGGUCGUCUCCGCGGGCUUUGACUACAUCGAGGAACCAGAGAAGCUGCACAAUUUCAUGUACCGUCUUGGGAAGAUGAACAAUGUUCAACGGGGUUAUGACCCCACAGUUGUCCUCGCCAAUCCUGGUGAAGUGGAGGCGAUGAGACGUUGCGAAAGUAAGUUGAACGAUUAUCACAAGAGGUGCCUGAAAGAGAUGAUGUCCGAUGGCUGGCCUAUCUACAAGAUUGAAUUCAAGCCCAGUGACGUCGUCAAUGUUCCAGGCAUGAGCCCUUCAUCCUCCAGGUAUUACUUGGUCGGGCGUGCGCGGUCGUCCAGUUAUUCUCUCGCUGGCCGUGCAACGAGGGGUUAUGUGGCCUAUGAUAUGAACACGGAGAGGCUAGCGUUCCUCAAAGAUACCUGGCGUCCUGACUCUGUCAACGUCCACCCUGAACGACAGGUCUACGAGCGGUUAUAUCAACACGGAGUUCGGAACCAUGUUGCUACCCUCAUUUGUGGAGGAGAUGUUGAUAUUAGUCCUCAGAAGACUCGCACACAGGAGUUUGAUGACGGCCUGAUGGGUCGGAUUCACUAUCGCAUUGUCGUGAAGGAGGUUGGCCGGCCACUGGAAGAUUACGCUAAUGUGCGCGAAAUGAUUAUUGUGAUAAAGCAUGCAAUUCUAGCUCACCAUAUUGCGUGGACGCUAGCCGAAAUAUUGCAUAGAGAUGUCAGCAUCGGGAACAUCUUAAUGGACCAGGAUCCUGAUGCGGUGGGAUAUCUCACGGGCACCCAACAGUGUCGCGGAUUCUUGAACGAUUGGGAUCUCUGCAAAUACAAGGAAAAUUUAAGUGAGGAUUCUGGCCGGAAAAGUCGCUCAGGCACUUGGCAAUUCAUGUCUGCUCUAUUGCUGAAAUAUCCUAAUAAGCCGAACGACGUUUCCGACGACUUGGAAUCGUUCGUUCACAUCGUACAUUGGCUUGCGCUCAAGUACCAUCGGCAUAACCUUUCUGGUCGUCGCUUGCAACGUCACGUUGAAUCCACAUACGACUCAUGCGACCUUACUUUAUCUGGCCACUACGUCGGCGGUGAUCAGAAGUUCCAAGAGCUGAAAGCAGGAUUAGUCCAAUUCACCGUCUCUCGAAAUCCUGCUCUCAACGAGCUUCUCCUCUCACUACUCGACAUGUGCCGCAAGCAUUACGCUGCAGUUGAUUACGACGCUUUGAAUGCACUAGGAGGCGGGGACACCACAGACCUUCCGUCAGAGCUGACGGUCCCGGAUGACGGUCCAUUACCAGAUGGUUUCUCGGAUGAGCCUCUCCUCGAAGCCGGCGUGAUCGCACCACCUUCGGAUGGAACACUACUUUUAGCCGACCACACUCAGAUUCUCAAGAUCUUCAACACCGUCUUCAUCGCGAACAGAAGCAAGUGGGUUAACGAGAAGCUACCGAAUCAAUUUUUACCCUUUGCUGUUGAUAAAUCUCUCCAAUGUUCCUCGUCCCUUCUGGGCGGUAAAAGGCGGUCGGAGGAAUCUAUUGAUGAGCCGGGAAAGCGGCCGAAAACUCAUGGACCCGCAUUGGAUCUUCGCUCACAAAUAGUUGCUCCCUCCGGCUCCAAAAGCACGCGUCUUCCUUCACUGUUGGACUCGAUCGAAGAAGCGCUGGGCUCGGACUCUGACUGA